AUGGAAGAAACAAGGGAAGCAGCAGCAAGGCCAGGAGAGGAGAGAGAAAACCCUUACGGAGAAUGUGGGCCAGGAAUGCCAUUUGCCCUCGGCGGAUGCAUGAGGUGGAAGUUGCAGGGCUCCUCACCGAACCCGCCUUUCACAUGGCAGCAUAUGCUGCAGAGGCUCUGGGGAGAAAUUUUCCAACCAAAAUAGCAGAACCAAAAAUACUUCCAAUGCUGCAAUUUGCAUGGGAUGAAUAUCUACAUGAGAAAAAGAAAGAGCUGAGAGGAGAAACAUGGGAGUAUGCUUCCAACGUAAUGUGCUUUGUUGAUGGCCAGCUCCUUGGAGAUGAGAAGAUGUUGCUCAAGUGGGCUUAUGAUGUUUGGGAUUAUCAAGACUUUAAACCGGAAGCACUUUAUGAAGCCAUUACACAGGAUUUUCUCACUAAAUACAUGAAAAACAAGAAGCACAUAUUUGUAUAUCUGGAGGUAGCUAUUCAAGAGGUGACUGUUGGAAAACUGCUGAUUGAGCUCUUUUCUGAUAUCUGCCCCAGGACAUGCAGGAAUUUCAAAUGUUUGUGUACAGGGGAGAAAAUAAAUGCAGAGACUGGGAAGGUGCUCACUUACCAAGAUUCUAUCUUUCACCGCAUUGUCAAAAACGGCUGGAUUCAAGGAGGAGACAUUCAUGAAGGAAAAGGAAAUGGAGGCGAGUCAAUAUAUGGACCUAUCUUUGAAGAUGAAAGUUUUGCAGUUCGCCAUGACAGAAGAGGUGUUUUAGGAAUGGUCAACAAAGGACGUCACAGCAAUGGAUCCCAGUUCUACAUCACACUACAAGCUGCACCUUACUUGAAUGAAAAAUACGUCGCUUUUGGGCAGGUGCUUGAAGGCUCACAUGUUCUCCAGGAACUGGAAGCCACAGACACAUUCAACGAGAGGCCAACUGUAGAAUGUAAAAUUAUUAACUGUGGAGUUUUUGAGCCUGGACUCUGAAUGUUCGUUGUAUUUAGUGAGAUAUUGUACUGCAUAUUGUUUUCUAAUCAUAGGUUUUAUGAUUGUUCAAAAUGUUUGGCUAAUUAAAAGA